AGAGAGAGAGAGAGAGAGGGAGAGAGAGCCACUGUGCUUAAAUCCAGCUGGUUGCCUUCCUGGGAAUGUAAUCCAUAUGUGAGCACGAGUUCAGCUGCAGGAGAAAGAAAAGAUAUUACCCGCAAAGAAGCGAUUGUUUCUGCUUUUCUUGCUUAAAUUCCACGCAUUCUGGACCCUGGCUCUGGUUCAGCAGCCGACACAAAAAGAGAGAUAUAGUGUGGAGAAGGACAAAGUGAGAGUUGAAAAAGUUGGAGAGGAUAAAAACGAAGGCAAAAGGAACAGAGAACAAGAUAAAGAUUAGGGAACCGAAAGAAGAAUGAAAGAGGACACACAGGAAGAAGGCGUAGAGAGUCAAAAUGACCCUAACGGAACUGUUGGACACCAGCAAGUGAUCCAGACAUACCUGGAAGAUAACGGACCUUUGAAGCCCUUGCUGAGCUCUGAUUCGGAAAUGAACGGCAAGGCGGGUGGCAGGGGGCCCGUGAACAAAGCCAACGAAGCAAACAGCAACACCAACAAUAUCACCAUGGUUUCUGAGAUGCCCCCGGACUCCCAAAACCACACACGGGGCACGCGCACACCCAAGAGAACCGCCACAUUUGGGAAGCGUUCCAACUCUAUGCGGCGCAACCCCAAUGCUGAGGUUGCCCGGCAGGGUUGGCUUCACAAGCAGGCAAGCAGUGGUGUGAAACAGUGGAACAAGCGCUGGUUUGUGCUGACAGAUCGAUGUCUUUUCUACUAUAAAGACGAUAAAGAAGAAGGAGUCUUGGGCAGCCUUCCUCUUCUCAGCUUCAAGAUUGGACCAGUUCAGGCAUUGGACAACAUCACCCGCAAGUUUGCCUUUAAGGUGUGGCGUGAAACAGAGGAAGAGGAGGAGGAGGAAGAGGGAAAUGAGGAUUUAAAAGGCAGUAUUGCGUUCUGUUUGCAGGUUGAGCACGCAGGAACUCGUACAUAUUACUUCAGUGCCGACAGCCAGAAGGAGCAAGAGGAGUGGAUCCAAGUCAUGAGUGAGGCUGCCAGGGUCCACAUCCAAGCCACACCCAGAAAUAAAUCUGCUGACCAAAAUGACAUGGUAGCCAAACGUCUGGAUCCCAACUCUCAUGCGGAGAACAACGGGCAGAGGCCAGACAUUCACAAGCCUGUCAAACAUGAGCCAAAUGGAGUAGAGUCCAGAGACACCACACCCAGCACCCCAGUAACCCCUAAUAUAGAGGGCAGGAUGGGGGAGAAAGAAGGCCUGGUACCCCAUCACCCCAACGGCUGGGGUAACUAUGGUCCCCCCAACGGUUCAAGAUACCAGUCCCAAGAGAAUGUGAGGGACUUGCGAGAGCCGCACGAGGAGAAUGUGGUGAUGCGGAGGGGCUUUGUGCCCAGGACGGCACCAGAGAGACUCGCCCAGAGGAAAAGCUCCAUGACGCAGCUGCAGCAGUGGGUCAACCAGCGCCGGGCCAUGGUGCCUCAGGACGACGGGCGCAGUCCAUCCAGGUACUACACAGUGAACCGCGGUAUGCCAGCAGACUGUUACAGCGUGUACGGCGGGCCUCCGUUUAUGGAUGAAUAUCCCCUCUACCCACCCGGCGUCCGACCAGAGAGCAUCUGCUCCAUGUCGGCUGCGUACAACCGACCAUCUCCUCGCUGGACCGUGGAAGAGAGACGGCGGUCAUUGCGAGACGGACCCAUAUACGGUCAACCUCGAGACCCUCAGUGGAUGAUGGGACCCCCAGGUCCUGCCUAUUACCCCCAGCUGGAUUCAGCACAGAACUCUAUGAGACGACUUUCCAUACAGCCGCGCUCACGGUCAGUCCCUCGCUCUCCUUCUUCCUCAUCGGGAGGACCCUACUCUCCGCACAGCUUCGCCUCUCCUGCCCGAUCGCCCAGCACCAGGUUUGAUCGGGCACCCAGCCGAAUUAGAGAGGACGGUAUUUAUGCUGACCCCUCGGUCUACGGACUCCGCAGGUCACUGAGCUCACCUAAGUACGACUUUCCUGGAGAUCGUCGCUCGUACAGCCAAGGAAUGUACCACUAUAACUACCCAGCAUCCCCAGCAUCGCUCCACAGUAAAAUGGAGGACAUUUUAGACGUGCAACUUCAGAGGAACCUGGAGUACCUAGAUCAGCAGGUGCCUCAGUUUCAUGAUGUGUACGGUGACCUACAUCCCACACUGAAGCUUAAUGAGAUUGAAACCAGUAAACUACUUGGCCGCUUGUGUGAGCAGAAUCGUCUUGUAAAAGAGCAGGAGACUGUAGUUCAUCGUUUGCGAAUGGAAAAGGAUAGUCUAGAGGGGGUGCUGGUGGCCACACAUCAGGAGAUGGAGCUGUACAGGAACCAGCCGCUGGCUAUGGAGAAACUCCAGCUGAAGAAGGAGAGUCUACAAAACAAGCUGAUAAACAUCAGAGGAGAGCUGUCUCAGGCCUCAAGUGCCCUGACCACCACCCGCAUGGAGUUCGAGGCACUAGAGGAUGAUGUGAACAGCAUCCACGGUGACCUUUGGGAGCAGCUGAACGCUGGAGGGCAGAGUGAGCUGGUACACAGGCACAUUCAGAAAGAGUUCUGGAGGGUUCAGGAUGUCUUGGAGGGGCUGCACAAAAACAACCCGUCUCGUGGAACAGACACGGCCAAACACAGAGCAGCCAGUGGAGCAUCCGGCUCUUUCAGCACAAACAGUCCUGCAAGUCCCUUGAGUUCAGUGAGUCUGACGAGUCCUCUCAGCCCCUUCUCUCCCAUCCCUGGCUCUCACGCCUCUCCCACUAAACAGCUGGCCACAGAGGAGGUCGGUCCUCCGAGACCUCCACUUCCUAAAUCUUACCAGCCCCUGGAAUCCUCCCAGUCCUUCCCCCCCUCCGUCCCUCCCCUCCCCUUAGACAGCAAUACCUGGCUGCGCAGUAUGGGCCCCCAUUCAGGCAUCCAGCAGGAAGGCUACAAGAACGAGGAAGAAUUCCGCAGCAGAAAGCACAACUACAACUCACAGGGAGAAAAGACUUGUGACUUUGAGACAGAGCAAGACCGACUAUCCAACCAGAAUAAAGUUGGAAUUGUUCCACCUAGGACUAAGUCGCCUUCAGAUGAAAAAAACAACUCUGAUGCCGUCCAACGGAGAAAUGGGAAGGUGUCCAACGGUCACAUUUCCAGGGAGAGGCCAAAGAGUGCGGUGUUCCCAGCAGAAGUGAAGUCGAAAAUGAGCGUGGAGGAACAGAACGAGAGGAUACGAAGAAAUCAGAGCAGCUCCGUCAGAGACAAGAGGCGCAGCCUCAACCUCUCCAGCAACCAGCACAUCGAUGGCUUCAGAACCUCAACUAACUACAGAGUGGUGCGGAGGAGAGUAACAGCUGAUGAGGUGGAUAUCAAGGAUCUCGAGGCAGCCGUGAGGGGAGGUGGUGUGGAGUCACCUAGGCAAGAAAUUGCUCGCCUGCGACGACACGUGGAGCCUGAACACUAUGACCUGGAUAUCAACAAAGAGUUGUCAAUGCCAAAUAAAGUCCUGAUCCCUGAACGAUAUGUGGACAUCGAGCCCAGUACACCGCUCAGCCCAGAAGAGCAGCGGGAAAAACAGAAGAAAGUUGAAAGAAUCAAGACACUGAUUGCCAAAUCAAACCUGCAAAACGUGGUGCCAGUUUUGGACGGGCCAGUGGAGGGAUCCAGUAACCCGGAGCAGCAGCUUCAUGAGCAGGAAAAACGCAUCGAGAUUUCCUGCGCGCUGGCCGCCGAGGCGUCCCGCCGUAGCCGGCUGCUCUCCGCCCAGUGCGUCCCCAGUCCCCCUGCCUCCCCAACCAGCCUGGUCCCUCCCCCUUCUGCUGACUACUCUGACUCCUCCCACAUCAUGAGUGUGUGAAGCUCAAGCUCUUGCAGCUGUCAAAUUUGACGAUGAGCCCUUCUGAGUGUCCAGCAGACAAAGAUGGAAAAACCCCACUGAGCACCAAGAACAUAUGUUUUGCCUUCGUCAAACAUUGUAUUUCUUUUGAUUACUUACACAAUACCAAGCUGAGAAAUAUUUCAAUGUUUGGAUGUCUGCGGAGGGCUGUUCACGAGGUUAUCCGCCUCCACAUCUCUGCGCACUCUGAAUACCCACGGCAGAACUACGUUAUUGAAUUAAUCAACUGAUUUGACUUGGUUUGGGAGGAUGGCAGUCAUAUUACAAAAAGCUACUAACUAGCCAGGAAGUGGACGAUGUUUACAGAUUCAUAUCUGCUCUCGGUCACAUGAAGUGAUUGGAGUACACACAGCAAAUUCAUGCUACAGCUGCUCAGGGCAGAUUCUGCAGACACAAGCACGUUCGUGACGGGAAAGAGCGCGACGGAGGACGAGAUGCGACCAGAGGAAAAUAGCCAUGCUUGAGGAAGUUGUAAAAAACCAGACCAAGGACUAUAGCAAAGUUGUCAAAGCUCAGUUUAUCAGCAAGUCAUUAUGAGAGAGAUUUGGAACCGCUGGUAUGAUAAUUAUUUGUGUUAAUUCAAAACACUAGCCUUGAUCGGAACUUGGAACAAUGGCAGGCCGUGGUCGAAUCCGUUGUUGUUUUUGAUCCAAUGGAUGUUGUCGAUUCAAGAAGACUUUGCAUUGGGCACUUCCCCUCCGACAAGUUUUAGGCCAGACUCACUGUGACUCCUCCUGGCCUCCUUCUUUCCCACAAUUCACUAUAGGGUUUGAGAACCCUCUUUCCGUCAACAUUGCAGUCUCUCAAAAACCAUUGUCAGGCCUUUAAGUACCGUGUGUAUCUAUAAAGAAAGCAUAUAUAUUGAUAUGACUAUUACUCUAAUCUUUGCAUCAAAGCCAUGUGGACUCAUCAUAGUGCUUUUACUGCUAGGACAGUUGUUACCAAAUAAUGGUACCUAAAUACUUGUGAGUGUGUGUGUGUGUGUGUGUGUGUGUGUGUUAGAUUAAGAGAAGCCCAAACUUUGGAAGUGUCCUUAGAGUUGUAAGUCUGCUUGUUGAAACGAUGCGUGUUCAUGCGGGGCCAGCAACUUGCAUUACAGCCUGUAUAUACAGUACUGACGUUAAAUUAUGGAACCUGUUGCCCCAACAGAAUAUCAAAGCCCUUAUUUGUUGGAUCAGUGUGCCAUUUAGAGAUUCAUCUGGCUUUCUUUUUCUGCUGUGGCACAGUUUUUUUGUGUAAAUAUAUAGAUUGACAUGGAAUUAAAUGGAACAAUAUUUUGGAUUAUUUUUCUAUCACUGGUAAUUACCUCUGUAAUCAAGCAGUUUGAUUAUAAUGUAUCGUAAAGUAAAGAACAAUUUGCCAAACAAUAUAAAUCUCCUGUUUUGUACUUUCGAUCUUUCACCAUAUCGAAACCUCUGAAUUGCCAUGCAAGUUGUUAGCCCAUACUGUGCUUUGUGCUUGUCUGUCUUUUUUUUUUUUUUUUUUUUUUUUUUUACAUGAAAUCAGUCUGUCUUAGGUCUAACUCUUGACUAAACAUUGGCCUUCGCUUGUAUGAGCUAUUUGAUGAAAAAUGGUUUGAAAAAAAUAUAUAUUUCUCCCCUCGGGUAAAGUCAUGGAUUUUCUUCUUUAUCCAAAAAAGAAAAAAAAACUGAAUCAAGCUAAAAACACAGUAUGAGAUCUGGAAAUGAAAGUCAAGUUUCAGAGAAGUAGAUUACUCAUCACUUUUAAGCAAAAACAGCCCUGAAGGGGAAGACAUAGAUCUAUUUUUAUUAUUUUUCAGAAAGAAAAAAACGACAACAAUGCAUUGCAUAUUUUUCUAUGAUGUAUAAAUAAGGGUUUGAUUGGUUACAUUUAUAAAAUGAUUAAAGAGAGUUUUGAGCUGAUAUAUAAUGGGGAAUUAAGGCUGAUAUAUUUUUAAUUUAUUGACUGAACCUUUACAGCAUCCUUUUGAAGGCCUUGUUUAAGUGUUAUUUUGUAUGUAAUUGGACAAAAUGGUCAAAAGUCGCAGUAGGACAGUCAAAGCAGAUAUCUCUAAUAUUUGAUAAAAUAUGUAGCGUAUAAAGUGGGAAUAUCUCAUUCAAAAUAAGCACAUUGUUCUGUGUAAAUAUUUUUAAAUCAAAACACUGUAUGUCUUCAUAUUUACUGCUAUUUUAAGGGAAAUAAAACAAGACUGCUUGAGCUAUGCAAAUCAAACAAAUUAAUACUUCAUGUGCUUGCUUUAGAAGUACCCCCAUGCAAUAAAGCGAAUGUAUUUAAAACCUU